CAAUCAGCCAGAGUUUCGGAUGAGCUCAUUGUGAAACCUGGCCCCACCCUAUCAUGUGAUUUCCUGAGGUCAGAUGGCCCAGGAUGUGAGUGGGCGUUAAGGCGUCUCAAAACUGAAAGUUUCAGCAAAUCUUCAGGUCCUGUUGUUUACAAGUUCCAGACCUUUUCUUCUUCUUCUUCUUUUUCACAGCAGAUCAUCUGCCUUCAUCUCCUCUGCCUUUGCAUCCUCUUCUGUCACACCGACUCUCUGCCUGUCCUCCUUCACUACAUUCAUGAAUUGUCCUUCUCUCUCACUGCCUCCAAACAUGCCUCCCCCCUCUCCUCUUGCUUUGUCAGUAGUAGCAGAGUUUCUCAGCUGCUCGUAUGCACCAGUGCAGUCAUAAUAAUUGUACGUGUGUCCAGUAUCCUGGUAUGUACCCUGGAAUGUGAAGUACAUGCUAUUUAUUAGAGAGAAUAAUAGAGUGUGAAUGCUACACAGGCACAACUAAGCUCCCAAACAGACAUUGCUGGAUGGUGAUGAGAUACCAGCAUCAGUAUUUCUUCAAUCCAAGUAUUUAAAUAGAUGACGUCACUUUGCUAGACAUGGAAUUGCUUUAAAUGGGCCACUGGCCCACUGCAGGGGCAAAGGGCUCCAUCUGCAUUUGUAUAUGAAGCCUUUGAAGAGAUCAUGUUGCCUCUGCGAGACCUGAACAGGAGUUGAGACCAAACAAAUACACAGCAGAAAUUAUGCAAAUACUGUUGCCAUGACGGAGCACAAGAGGUUUUUUUUCUUUAUGGUCAUUUUAAAUAACAAGCAAAACAGACGAUAAUGAUGAGACCAAAAAUGUUUGUAUGGAAUCUAAAGAUUGCAUUGAACAAAAUAAAUUCAAAUAUAAACUGUUUUUACUAAUUUCAUUUUCUAAUUCACUGAAAAAAUACAGACAUAUUCAUGAACAUGCACUGUGGAAAGCUGUAUUUUUAAUUACUAUUGUGCGUACGUUUCACAUGUGAAAAUCUGUGAAAACUUUAUUUUACCAACAAUUUUUAAAGAUCAAAACAUCACAAGAAUAUAUAGGCCUGCGGACAUGAAUACCACGGUCAGCCGAACAUUUAAUCUUGACCUUCAUUGUCAAUAGACAAUGUGCAUAGAGCCGUGCUCUGUGGCAUCAGUGACAGCACAAAGUUUCUCAAAAUCACACACUGUAUGUGUAUAUCCUAAAAUAGCACGUUUUACAGCUUACAGAGGCCUAAGACUUCAGCCAAUCAUAAGGUGUAGAGUUAAUAAAACAUACCAUUUUAACAUUCAUUUCAACAUUUCAUUUUCGGGGCUUUUGCAGUUUAGUAUUAUUGUAAUAACUGGCUACUUCCAGAUGUUGUAUCCUGAUUGAAUACUAAAUGAGCCAUCUACAUAUGUUGUAUUUAAUUAUUAUUUUCUUACAGAGAAGGUCCGAUUAAAGAAAAAACCCGUCACCUUUGGCCUACUUCCCAGACUCCGUUACCCAUAAAACCUCGUUUCUCAUUGCUGAAGAGGUUGAUGGACUACAUCAAACCCGUUUAAAGGAAAUAACAGCGUCUUGAAGUCGUCUUAUUUUAUGAAGCGUUAACGUGUUUGAAAGAAACAUAAAUAUAAAUUGCGCGCAUCUGUAAUAAACAGGGAAAACGUAAAGUUUAACCGAAAACUACAUUACCCAUAGUUCAGCGCGUGAUAACAGCUUCCGGGGUUGGUGACCAUCAGCCUGUUAGCAGGAGACAGGAGAAAGGUGAGGAAAUGUGAGUGUGUGUGUGGAUGUAGUGUCAGCAGAGCGCCGUGAUGCCCCUGGAGGUGAGAUGGCCGUUCCCUCAAUGCCCCGCUCUGCCGUGGAGGGUCUCCAGCUCACUGAUCAUGGGCAUGGUGGGCUCCUACUCCUACUUCUGGACCAAGUACAUGAACUGUCUGACGGUCCACAACCACGAGGUUCUGUUGAACCUGGUUGACCAGAGGCCUUCGGACACGCCCCUCAUCACUCUAUCCAACCACCAGUCCUGUAUGGAUGAUCCGCACAUCUGGGGCGUCCUGAGGCUCAGGCAGCUGUGGAACUUCAAAAAGAUGCGAUGGACACCUACAGCAUCUGACAUCUGCUUCACUAAAGAGCUGCACUCCAGGUUCUUCAGCCGAGGGAAGUGUGUUCCCGUCUGCAGAGGUGAUGGUGUUUACCAGAAAGGAAUGGACUUUAUUCUGGAGAAGCUGAACAAAGGAGAGUGGGUGCACGUCUUUCCAGAAGGCAAAAUCAACAUGACGGAGGAAUUCAUACGUUUAAAGUGGGGUGUUGGUCGGCUGAUAGCGGAGUGCUCGCUUAAUCCGAUAAUCCUGCCGCUCUGGCACGUGGGUUUGAGCGACGUGCUGCCCAACGUGGAGCCCUACAUUCCUCGCACGGGCAAGAGAAUCACCGUCCUCGUGGGGAAACCGUUCAGUGUCAAAGAUCUCGUUGAAACCCUCCGAGCUGAAAACAAGAGCCAGUUGGAAAUGCGGAAGACCCUGACGGAUUUCGUCCAGGUGGAGUUUCGGAGCCUGAAAGCCCAGGCCGAGGCCCUGCACAAGCAGGUAGAGACCAGAUCCUGAGUCCUAGCCGUCCUGCGUUUGCCUGCAGACACUGGUCCUUCACACAUCAGCCCUGAGGAUAACACCCCAUGUACAGAGAAGCUCCCACACCUCCACACGGAGACAUCACUGAGCCUCAGAGUGUUUCGCUGACAGUCGUAAACGACUGUAACUUUGGAUGCAACAAACUCAUUUUGUAAUUCAGUUAUUGCUUCAAAAUCAGGUUGGUCCACUGCACACCUAAACAGGACGAGUAGCACUGCAGAUGUAUGAAUGAUUGAUUACAUAUGAAUACAUGGUUUCUCUGGGACCCUUUAUAACCAGAAGCCCUCAGGAGAAUUUCUUUUACCUCCUUGGUAUCAGAAGGCAUUUUGAUUUUGAUGAUUCAGCUUUUCAUGUCAUCCAACUUUGAAGUCCAGAGCAGCAGCAGAAGCUGGUGUUGAGUCUGAGGAGGAGAGAGGAGGUCGGGUGAUGGAUGGGCGAGUGAAGGGGCCACCUCAUGACCUUUGUGUGUGUGUGUGUGUGGGGGGUGCGGUGAACAAUAGCCUUGAACUUUGUUUUUUUUUCUUACUGGUGAAACACACAAUAGAUCUCAAAAAGGGCAGCAAACCAAGACUAGUUAACCAAGUCCCAGUUACUAGGGUGAGCACCUGGUGACUGCCUGGCAACCACCAGUCACUAUGUAUGAAUAAGUAUUUCCGCCAGGCUCUAAGUAACAAGGAGGUUUCACCUAGCAACAGACAGCAGCUGCUCACCGACGGGUCAUGGAGUGCAGGUUUUAUCUGGUAACUUGUCAGUGUGGGAGAAAUGAUCCUGCUCUGAUCGGGCUCUGCACCAGCUGAAUGCUUUUCUCAGUUUUGCUGAAUUGUUCAAUUUUGAUGAUCUGUUUAAUAACCAGUUCUUUUUUCCUUUAAGAUGUAAAGCUGCUGUUGUUUAAACUACUAAAUAUUAGUACUCAUCAUGCUCCUCUGUGCAUGAGGAAGUCAAAGUGCUGCAUGCCAGAUGUUUGCAGCUGUUAUCAGAAAGAUGCUCAGGCAGUAAAUGAUUGAGGUAAUCGUACUGUUAUGUUUGAUCAUUGGAUUGCUCCUUGCUGUUUUUCAGUCAUCUCUUAGUUGUGUUGAUAAUUUUCUUUUUCAAUCAAAGUUUUCCUGUUAAUCCUAAAACCCCUGAAUGCUGCCCCAUCACCGAUGUACAUAACUUAUUUUAUCACAGAGGACAAAAAGGAUUUUAUAAGGGACAAAAUCUGUGCUAAUUUUAUAAGUGUAUCGCCUUAAUGUGAUUGCCACUCUUUCCUAUACUUGAUGUGAAGUCCAAUAAAGAAUCUGACUUUUCUAAGUUUGAA